AUGUUACUUCAACAUAAUUUUUUGUUUUCAAUUGAAAUUCUCUUACAAGCAAUUGUUGAAAGAUAUUUGACAACUUCUUAUUGUGUUACAGUAAUUUAUGAGAAGCCAAUUCAGUUGAUAUCUGCUUUGCAAUUUAGAUAUAUUAAAUAUAACGAUAGCAUUGAUUUCUUUAGUUCGAUAUUAGACGCUUCUGAAACAGGUUGUUCUGAUUAUAUUGUCGGUAUUAGAGAACCACAGCGAUUUAUGAAAGCGUUUGACAAAGUAGUUCAUAUUGGUAAUACAAGAAGAAGUGAUAGGAAACUAAUAUUUUUCCCACAUUUAUUUGCUUUAGAUGGUAAAGAUGACAGGCAGAAAUUUUUGGAUGUUUUAAAAAUGAAAGAAUCAAAAUAUAUUGCCAAUAUAUUAAUUGUACUACCAAGUGUCAAAACUAAAGAUUGUGACAUAUAUGAGCUGUUUACACAUAAGUUUGUGGGAUUGGUACAUGACCAAGCAAUCCAAUUAGAUAUUUGGAAUUCUUGUAGCGCAAAGUUUGAGAAAAAUGCUGAUUUGUUUCCAAUAGAUAUUUCUAAUCUGCGGGGAAAGGUUGUUAGAGUGUCAUGUUUUACGUAUAAGCCUUAUGUAUUGUUAGACCUUGACUCGGACUUAGUCCCGAAUGGACGAACAGGUGUAGAAAUGAAGUUGGUUGAUGAAUUUUGCAGAUGGGUUAACUGUACAGUUGAAUUAGUGAGGGCGGACGAAGAGGAAUGGGGAAUUGUUUAUGAAAACUUUACAGGCUUAGGAGUUCUCGGUAACCUUGUUGAAGAUGACGCUGACAUUGGAAUAACUGCCUUAUAUUCAUGGUACGAGGCAUAUUUAUACAUGGAUUUUUCCAUACCUUGUAUUAGAACAGCUAUUACUUGUAUAGCACCAUCACCAAGAUUGUUGGCCAGUUGGACGAUGCCAUUGUUGCCGUUUACUAUAUACAUGUGGAUCGGACUUAUAUUCGCGUUUCUGUACGCAUCUCUGGCUUUGUUCAUCGCUCAAGGAUUCUCCGCAAAUAAUAUAUUCUUCACUACAUUUGGAAUAAUGAUAACACAGUCGCAAUCUGAAUCAUCAUUAAAAUCAUGGCGGAUUCGUAGCAUCGUCGGCUGGAUGAUGUUGACUGGUCUGGUGUUAGACAAUGCUUACAGUGGAGGGCUAGCAUCUACAUUCACCGUUCCCAAAUACGAGAGCUCAAUAGAUACUAUACAAGACAUGGUCGAUAGACGAUUAGAAUGGGGGGCAACCCAUGAUGCCUGGAUCUUCUCACUGUUGUCAUCUCAAGAUCCUAUGAUAAAAAAAUUGAUACAACAAUUUCGAACAUACGAUUUCGAAACAUUAAAGAAGAAAAGUUUCACUCGAGAGCUAGCAUUUAGUAUAGAAAAAUUACCUGCAGGUUAUUUUGCAAUUGGUGAAUACGUUUCUGAACAGGCUGUACGCGAUUUGUCGAUUAUGUUAGAAGAUUUUUAUUAUGAACAAUGUAUCGUUAUGGCAAGGAAAAGUUCUCCAUAUACAAGCAAACUGAACGACCAUAUUGGCAGAUUACAUGAGUCUGGACUGUUGCUGGCAUGGGAAACUCAGAUUGCAAUGCAACAUUUGAACUACGCAGUUCAGUUGGGAGUAAAACUAUCGCGAUCUAAACAUGAUGUCGAAUCUGUUGAAGCUUUGUCGUUACGACAAGUAGUGGGGAUAUUUAUCAUAUACGGUAUCAGUGCAACUUUUUCAAUAUUAACAUUCUGUGGUGAGAUCAUUGUUGUCAGAAACCAAAAGAAAACAAUAAUAUUAUAA